AUGUCUACAGAUCCCAAGGAACUAAUAUCAAUCUAUAAAAAGAAUGGUAAUUUCGACAAGACAAGGAAAACCCUCGUCGACAACUUCAAAAAAUCACAAACAUCAUCAAAUUUACAACUAAAACUUAAAGUAAUGAUUGAACAAAAAAUCAAAAAUGAUCCAAAUAUACUCUUAAAAAAUAAAGGAAAAAUGGCUGCUUUAAUCCAGGGAGAAAUAUUGAACUCAAAAGACAAUUCAAUUUUAAAUAUCGUUGACAAAGAUAUACAGGAUAAAAUUAUUGAUUCCGAUGAUUUUCAUAAAAUGAUUAGAGAUGAUAUAUACGAUAUAAAGAGAAAGAUUCUUGGUAUUUCCGAUGAAGAAUUUGAGAAAAUCAAAGCUGAAGAACGUGAAAAACUUGAGAAGGAGAAAGCUAGAAGACAGACUAGUUAUAAGAAUAAUUUUAAGGUUAAAAGUUUAGUUAAUAAUGGGACUAGUCAUCUUGUUCAUCGGGUUAAUAAACCACCUAAAUUUAAUAUUAAGGAUAAGAAAGAAGAACCAAAGAAAGAGGAGAAGAAGAAGAUUCCAUUUAUGAUGUAUUAA